AUCUAGGAUGGAGCCUUCGGUAUGUUUAAACGACGAUGCCGAUUUUGAAGCACAGAACGCUGCUCUACAAGAAUACGGACAGUAUACCACAGUCUAUCCAAAUGCUUCGCUAUAUGCCACGACAAAGGCCUCGGGUGGCAUGGGUCUGGCGGGGCGCAUGGGCUCCCAGUGCUCAUAUCGGCCGGAUCAUGGCUCAGGAAAAGUGAUUGGGUCCCAAAGUAAUUUGACAAGUUCGGUACAGGAACUGAACAGCUCAGCAGCAAUGCAACCGGAUCAAGGCGGUAUGAUGGCACCACCGAACCUUCGUUAUCUACAACCUUCGCAGUAUGAGGAAAUGGCGGAAUACGGAAUGAAUCCGGUAAUGCAAUUUCCUCCACCGGAAUCACAGUAUGGCGAAGAUGCACCCGUGGCCUAUGGCUAUGUGUCUGAGGCUAACUACGUUAUGCCCUCGGUAAGUGCCAAAUCGAAUGCUUACGUCACACGACCACCAAUGUUCGACGAUAACCGAAAUGGUGCUGAGGUCGCAAGUGCCAUAGGCUUACCGCAGCCGGCAUUUGAUGAUGCUCACGAUUUUCAAAAUAAAAUGUCCCAGCUGACGAUUAGUUCGUUCGGCAUUGUGUCGCAGCACAUGCGCAACGGCGCAAAGGAUGAAAUAGUUGACGGGUCUUGUAGCGACAUAUGCUCAACUAUGCGAUGGCGAGAUCCGAACUUGUCCGAAGUCAUAAGCUUUCUCAACAAUCCAAACAAUGCAAUUAAAGCCAAUGCAGCUGCGUAUUUGCAGCAUUUGUGCUACAUGGACGAUCCGAUUAAACAACGAACACGUAUCUUGGGUGGUAUUCCUCCUCUGAUAAGAUUGCUUUCCUACGAAGCGCCAGAGAUCUACAAAAAUGCAUGCGGAGCCUUGAGAAAUCUAUCCUAUGGUAGACAAAAUGAUGAAAACAAGCGGGAGAUUAAAAAUGCUGGUGGUUUGGCAGCCUUGGUCAAUUUAUUAUGUCGUACGCAAGAGUCUGAAGUUAGGGAACUCGUGACGGGUGUUCUCUGGAACAUGUCAUCGUGUGAAGACAUUAAACGAUUUAUCAUCGAUGAAUGCUUGUCGGCGAUCGUUAGUAAUAUUAUACAUCCACAUUCCGGCUGGGACCCAGCUUGUCCCGGCGACACAUGUUUUUCCACAGUAUUCCGUAAUGCAUCCGGUGUUCUGCGUAAUGUCAGCUCCGCUGGCGAAUAUGCCCGUACUCAAUUGCGCAAUUGCGAUCAUUUGGUGGAAUGCCUUCUGUAUGUGGUGCGUCAGGCGAUUGAAAAGAACAACAUUAGUAAUAAGACAGUAGAGAAUUGUGUGUGCAUUUUGCGCAACCUAUCGUAUCGCUGCCAAGAGGUCGAAGACCCUAAUUACGACAAGCAGCCAAUAUCUGUACCGACAAGAGCUUUAUCGUCUAGCAAGGGCGAAAACCUGGGCUGCUUUGGUACAAGCAAAAAGAAAAAGGCUCAGGCCCAAAGUGAACAAUUGGAUGGCGGCGGAGUUCAGUCCGGUUCAAAGAACAAUGGCAGCGAUCAAACCAACCGAGGGCCACUAAAGGGCUACGAGCAUUUGUGGCAGCCCGAAGUAGUGCAAUAUUAUUUAGCUCUGUUGCAAAGUUGCUCAAACCCAGAAACGCUUGAGGCGGCCGCUGGUGCAAUACAAAAUUUAUCGGCCUGCUAUUGGCAGCCCAGUAUAGACAUUCGAGCAGCCGUUCGCAAGGAAAAAGGAUUGCCCAUCUUAGUUGAAUUGUUGCGUAUGGAAGUGGAUCGUGUAGUGUGUGCCGUUGCCACAGCUUUAAGGAAUUUGGCCAUUGAUCAGCGCAACAAAGAGCUGAUAGGCAAAUAUGCUAUGCGGGACUUAGUACAAAAAUUGCCUUCCGGUAAUCCCCAGCACGAUCAAAAUACCUCCGAUGACACGAUCACUGCUGUACUGGCCACCAUCAAUGAGGUCAUCAAGAAGAACGCAGAGUUCUCCAGAUCUCUGUUGGAUGCCGGCGGUGUAGAGCGUCUCAUGAAUAUUACCAAUCAACGACAAAAAUAUACUUCGUGUGUCAACAAAUUUGCUAGUCAGGUAUUGUUCACAAUGUGGCAGCAUCAUGAACUGCGCGAUGUAUACAAGAAGCAUGGCUGGAAGGAACAAGAUUUUCUAACGAAGUUCAUCGAUUCACACAGUGCGUCGGCACACUCGCCCAACAAUUCGAAUAGUACAUUGAAUCGGCCCAUGGCAUCACAGGGACGUACACGCUACGAAGAUCGAACAAUACAGCGAGGUACAAGCAGCUCUGGCCGAAACAAAGACGAUCAACAGCAGCAACAACAACAGCAACAGUCACAUCAAUCCCAAGCAAGAUCUUGCCAAGAUACUCAAAUGCUACGUCAAAUGGUGGACGAAUACGCCAUGAAUGGCGGUGUGGUUGAGGAAGGAACAUACCAACGCCCUAGUGCUUAUAAUUCUGCUGUACCUAUGCCCAUGUAUAUACCAAGCAGCGAAAAUCCUCGAAAUCCGCCUAAUUAAAGGAGCAUCACUUAUUAUGUACAUA